AUGAAGCUGCUUCUUUUCACGCUUUUGGCCUUAGCCCUGGGGGCUCCCCUCAGCUGGGCUGCCAGAAAGAAGCCCGAGAACCCCAUCAAGGACUGGAGUCCCCCUUCUUCAGCCCAACGUAUGCCAUCCCAUCGAGGGAAACACCGAAAGCAGCUGACGGCCAGUGAGCUCAACCCGGGAAAGGGUGUGGCAGAAGAGACCCUGAAGUCUGCAGCUGCUGUGGAGCGUGUUGCAGGGGGAAAGGAGGCCCACCAGCAAGAAGGAAAGCCGUCCAUCCAAAAGGCCAAUGUCUUGAGAAGAAAGGCAGCGACCCACCUGGAUGGUCAGAAGCUUUGGAAGGGAGAUGGGGCUAAAAAGGAAAUGACCAAAGCUGAAAAGAGGGUGUUGGGCCCCAGGAAAAUAAACACCAACAGCACCACUGCCAAACCUGAAUCGACUGACCCUGGGUCAGAUGUCAGCCUUGCCAAAGCAGGGGGUUGGCUAACUGCCAAGAAACUGCUAGUGAAGGAACACGGUGCCCCCCACAGGGUACAGACAAGAAAAGGACAUGCCACCGCCCAGAGGAACGUGACGGGAGAAAAGCCGAGUCCUUUGCACCGAAAUGAAAGCCAGGAACUCUCUAGUCCUGUUCCCAGAAACGCCAGUCGGAUGAAAGAGGGGAAAGAGCACAGGUCUCUCCAUAGGAACAUCAGCCGGGCACAGCUACAGAAGGAGAAGAGGAAGAGCAGCUGGGUGUCGGGAAAGGAGGAUGGUGCCCUGUACAGAAAUGCCAGCCGCCCACCAACAGGGAAGGAGCAGAGCACUCUCCCGAGGAAUGGCAGCCGGGUGCAGCAAGGGACGGAGACCCGUUUUCUUCACAAGAAUUCCAGCCAGGCAGCAUCAGGGAAACAGCAUGGAAUACUCUCCACAAACUCCACUUGGACGCUACCCAGGCAAAAGCCAGGCCUCCUUCAGAGGAGUAGUGGCCAGACACAUGUAGAUAAAAGGCCCAGUUUCACUCUCAGAAACUCUAGCCAGCAACUGCCAGGGAAGAGGCAUGGCAUGGCCCACGGGAAUACCAGCAGGGGGGAGGCCAGGAAGGAGCCCAGUCCGUCCCAGAAGAAUGCCAGCCAGUCACUGAAAGAGGAAAAGAGCCUCCUUUCUUUGAGAAAUGUUAGCCUCUUAGUGAUAGAACAGAAGCCCAAGGUUCCCCAUAGGAAUGCCAGUUGGGCAGUGCCGAGGAAAAGGCAAGGCCCUAGGUACAGGAAUGCCAGUGGAACAGAGUUCAACAGGGGGCAUGGACCGUCCCACAGGAACAGCAGCUGGGUACUGCCGAGAAGAGACUCCAGUUCCUCCCACAGAAAUAUCAGCCAGGCUCUGACAGGGACAAAGCGUGGCAACUUGCAGAGGAGUGGUAGCCAGUCAGGGGUGGGGAAUACAGUAACUGUCCCUCUCAGGAAUAGCCCCCAAAGAAAGACUGUGAAAGAGCAAAGUUCUUCCCACCAGGACCACUUCCAGGCAAGGGCAGACACUCCAAAAUGGCGGCCUCCAGUACCAAAGGAAAGGGAUGAGACCAUCAUGCCAUCUCUGCCUACGACUUGCCUCCUUUCUGAACAUGCCAUUGCUUGUGGCAAUGCUGGCCUGAAGAGUGUGCCAAAGCUGAGUGACUCCGUGCUCAAAACUCUCUACCUGGCAGAAAACGAGAUCACCUAUGUCCCGGCUGGGAUCUUCUUGGGCCUGCCCAAUCUGGAAUGGCUGGAUCUCAGCAAGAACAAGCUGGUUUCCUCUGGCCUGCACUCAGAAACUUUUAAGAAUCUCACCAAGCUGAAGCGCCUGAAUCUGGAUGGGAACCGCCUCACAACGAUCCCAGCCUUGCCUUCUUCACUGCAGGAACUGAAGAUGAAUGACAACAAUUUAGAUGGGCUGCAAAGAAACAACGUCCGAGGCCUCUUCAAACUUCUCACCCUGGAACUCGAGGGAAACCAGCUGCAUGAUGGGAAUGUGCUUCCGACCGCUUUCAAGCCCCUGAGCAGACUAGUCUACCUGCGACUAGAUCGGAACCGCUUUCGGGCUAUCCCUUCAGGUUUGCCUGCAUCCUUGCAGGAGCUGCAUCUGGAUUCGAAUCGCAUUGAGGAGGUGACCGAGGGUGUCCUCAACAAAACCCUCAACCUCACCGUGUUGAUCCUGAGCAACAACCAGCUUCAAGAAGAUCGCAUAGCGCCUCGUGCCUGGAUAGACCUCCCGAAGUUGGAAGCCUUGGACCUGUCUCACAACCGCCUGGCCCAUGUGCCAUCGUUCCUGCCGCGGCAUUUGAAACAGCUGACCCUUCAUCACAACUGCAUCGAGCGUAUCCCCGGCUAUGUGUUUGCCCACAUGAAGCCUGGCCUGGAAUUCCUGCAUUUGUCACACAACCUGCUGCGGGAUGACGGCAUCCACGCUGUCUCCUUCCUGGGACUCUACCGCUCACUUGCUGAACUGCUGCUCGACAACAACCAACUCCAGGCCGUUCCCCGUGGCAUCCUGAACUUGAAGGGACUGCAGGUCUUGCGGCUGAGCCACAACCGCAUCAGGCAUGUCCCCCUGAACUCCGUCUGUGACACGCGAGUGGCCGAGGACUCCGGCAUUGUGUCUCUGCACCUAGAGAACAAUUUGAUCGACCGCCGCCACAUCCCGCCCACCGCCUUCUCCUGCAUCAGAGCCUAUCACAGCGUGGUGCUGAGACCACAACAGAAUGAAGAGGACUAUUAA